GGGAAUCUAUUUCUGUCACCACUUUGUGCGAAUGUGUUACCCUUGUCAUUUCCAGCCAGGUCACUCCAAGUCAGCUGCUUUGGCUGUGGCUGUCAUUGGAAGCUCCUCUGUCUGCCUGGUCCCUGGCCCAUUUGCUCGCCCGCCUGGGAUCGGCUACCGGGCAAGGGGGGACAAGGGGAUGCGCCUGUGGCUAUUCUGGUAGCUCUGAGUUAUGGCAGUGUCAUGUGAAGCAAAGAGCCCAGAAAUGCAUGUCAAAUCGAACCAGUGACUAAUCACGAUAUUUUGGUUAUCUUAGUGCCUGCCGGGCAAAGAUUUAUGGGCUUAGAAAAUCUUCACGUACAAUCCCCGGGCACUGAUUUGAUCGUCAGCGGAGCAGAGCGCGAAAAGAGGACGAAAAGGGGGCUACUGUCCCAAGGGCGGCGAGGUCUAAACUUCAUCCGAGUUUGAAAUACAAACAAGAGAGGAGAAAAACCAGUUCUCCCUUCUCGUCUGUGUCUGCUCAGAGCCAUGCGCUGGUGGCAGCCAGAGAGGAUCUAUUUGAUCUGCCUGCGGAGCAAGAAGGGUCGAGGGGGACGGCUGAGCAGACACAAAGUGUCGUUUGUUGGGAUUGUCGGCUAGCUCCCUCAUCUGUCACCUGAUGGCCAGCCAAGCAAGUGCUCAGCACAACCGUGGACCAUUCAUCUUUAUGCAAGCAACGGAGGAGAGAAAAGUAAGCAUCCUGCAGCUGUUACGACAUUCAGCUGUGUUUUUUUUUCUAUAAAGGAAUGCAUUGAAUUCACUACAAAUCUACUAACCGUCCCCUCAUGCCAGGCAAGAGACUGAUUUUUAUUUUUUUUUCAGCUGGGCUUUAACAGCUGGAGGUCUGCUGGGCAUUCGAGCAAUGACUGCCGAGUUGGGCAGCUGUUCCAAUAUCUAAUUGCAUUUUAGCUUUAAUAACCCAAGGGGAAAGAGUUGCAUUGCCUACCAUGAGCUAUUUCCUUUCCUACUGCAAAGCGCACUGCACUGCUGUGCUCACUCAGUACCAGACCCUGAGAUCAGAGGGCUUUCUCUGCGAUAUUCUGCUGAAAGUGAAGGAAAACGAAUUUCCUGCGCACAAGUCCUUGUUGGCAUGCUCCAGCGACUAUUUCCGAGCCAUGUUCAAAAGUUAUACCCAAGAGUCUAAAGCCAGUGUAAUUCACCUGCAAGUUGUCUCACCCACCGGUCUCCAGCACAUCCUGGAUUUCAUUUAUACUUCCUUGUUGCCGCUUUCCUUUGAAAGCCUGGAAGAUACUUUGGAAGCUGCAAGCUACUUGCAAGUGACUGAUGCUAUUGGCUUGUGCAAUCAGUACUUAGUUAACAAUCUUGCCUUGGAAAACUGCUGCUUCUCUGCCAACGUGGCCAGGAAGUUCUACCUGCCGGACGCCUUAGUAGCAACAGAAAAAUACAUUGUCAAUAAUCUCUGGAAGCUGCUGGACUUGGAUUUGUCAGGACUGUUGGAGCUGAACUUCAGGUCUUUGCUAGUAGUGGUCGAAUCACCAGACCUCCCCAUGGUGAAAGAAACCCACCUGUUGAAUCUUGUGCUGCUGUGGCUGAAGCAGGAUAAAUCCAGGUUGGCUCACGCUAGCAGCCUUUUAGAGCACAUAAGAUAUGGCCUCAUCCCGGUGGAAGAGCUGAGAAAAACCUACACACAGUCAGAAGUGCCUCUCUCUGCAGGUAUUAAGUGCUUGAUCAUUAAAGCAAUAAAUUACCACACAUCUGUUUUCAAACAGCCUGUCCUGCAGGAUAAGUCCACCACGCUGAGGAACCAGAAAACUCGGAUCAUCCUGCUGGGGGGGGGGACGGCAAGCGAAGGGCUCAAAACUGAUGUGGUGGCCUUUGAUGUUUACAAUCACAAAUGGCGAGCCCUCACACAGGUGCAGGACAAGGUGCAGAACCACAGCAUGUGUGUGGUGGGGAACUUCCUUUACGUCUUGGGUGGGGAAAUAGAAAGUGGUGCCCCAGGUGACCCUAAAUCUGAAAAGACCUUAUUGGUUACGAAUAAGGUCCAUCGUUAUGAUCCAAGAUUUAACACGUGGACCCAAAUCACGAGCAUGAUGGAAAAGAGAUGCCAGUUUUCUUGUUGUGUCUUAGGCCAGGAUAUCUUUGCCAUUGGUGGCAAGGGUGAGGAUGGGUCACUGCAUUCAUCUGUGGAAGUCUACAACAUCAGCAGGGACAGAUGGACGAAGGCCAGGGAAUUGCCAUGCAAGAUACAUGGCCAUGCCAGUGCCAUUUGCAAGAAUACUAUAUACAUCUCAGGUGGCAAGUAUGCAGACCCAGCCAGCACAAGCAAGGACCUAUAUUCUCUGAGCUCACUUGAAGGGCAGUGGAUGAAACAAGCUCCCAUGAGCAUUGCUCGGUUUGGACAUCAGAUGGCAACGAUCAGAGAAGCCAUAUUCACGUUUUUAGGACUAUAUGAACCCUUCUCUGAAAUAGAAAGAUAUGACCCUGAUCUAAACCAAUGGACUCGGUUAAGACCACUGAUCUAUGAUCGGUUUUGCUAUGGCCUGGCAGUAGUAGAGGAAACAGCUCUUCUUAUUGGGGGUAAGAAAUGGCAAAAUUCACGGGAGGUCCCCACACAAGAUGUGGUUGGCUAUGACAUCGACAACGAUGGCUGGGAAGAGAUCUGCAAAGCCCCCGUGCCUUGGUGUGGACUGCAGUGUGCGGUGCUGCAACUCUCUGAACUGGCAGAUGAGCAAGACAGUGACAGUCAGCAGAAGAGGCCACUAAACUGCUGAAUGCACACACUGAGGAAUAAUCAUCCCAAGAGAUGAGCCAGCACGGGGGUCCUGGAGAAGAGGAAAAUUGCAAUGGCACUGAACGUGAUCGAGCGGAGGUUUUUGCUUUGAUAAGCCAUACACUUGGUGGAAACAGACAGGGAAGUCUGGGUCCAGCAUGGGAACAAGCGAUGGGAUUUAUAGAGCUGGAAGUUGGUCUCACUGUGGAAGGAUGUAGCACGUUUAGAGGCGACGAGCGAGAACCGUAAUCCUUGACUUUUGAAGAGUAAUACCUAGAUAGCAAUUAAUAGGUGUUGCAAGUCAGAUUUUUCAAAGGUUAAAAAAUAUAAUCUGUCUUUUCUGUUUUCUUAAUCAGAGGUAAUUUUCCCAGCUGGUAAGUGCUAUUGAAUUUUUAUGCUAUGGCUAAGCAAAAUAAAAGUGAGAUGUAUAAAGACUAGAAAAUUGAUGCCUAUGAGAACUAAUAAUAAGUACUGCCAAGGAAAAGUAUUAUUUGAUAUACUACAUACUAGGCAAGAAUGUCUUAGCUAACCAGCGUGAAAUUACUGGACAGAAAGCAUGGAUUUUUUGAUAUGUAGACUCAGUUAUGGCCAUAAGUCAAAACAGUGACUGUUUCAUAAAAGCCACUUCUCUCUGAGCAGCCUUUGCUGUAGCAUGCCUUUCAGAUGCUUAUUUUGUGUUAUUUUAUAGAUGCUCACUACCAGUAAAGUACAUUUCUUUUGUA